CUCCACUCCACACACGGACCGACGCAUUUUUGAGAAUUUUAGAUUUGGUCGAUUUGGAUUUCACUUUUUCUAGUUUUUCUGCUGUUGUGUGUGUGUGUAUAUAAAUUUCAUGAAAUCCUUCAAAAGCAAUAAUAUUUUAUUUUAAUUACAUAACGAAGAGAAGCCUUGUAAAAAUGGAUGUAUUUUUAAUGAUCAGAAGGAAAAAGCUUACUAUCUUUACCGAUGCAAAAGACACGACUACCGUUCUGGAGCUGAAAAAGAUCAUUGAGGGUAUCCUUAAGAUUCCACCCCAGAACCAACAGCUGUUCAAUAAAGAUAAUACCCUAAUGGACGAUGCACACACUCUACAAGAAUAUGGCUUAAACUCUAACACUGCAAAGGCUCAGAGCCCAGCUACAGUUGGAUUGGCUGUCAGGGAUGACAAUGGCACUUUUGAACCUCUUGAUCUGGUGGCUUACUCAGCACCACCCGACCUACCUGAUGUCAUGAAAUCGCAAGAGACCAACGGCCAAGAACAAGCCAAUUGAGCACAGAGUUAUUUUUUUCAAGUUAUUUUUGUUUGUUGUAAGUUGAGUUUUUUUUUUUAAAUUAGUAACUGUCCAGAUCUAGCUAACUCAUUAAAGAUACAAUUUUCAAGCUGUUUAUCUCUAACUAUUUUGGGCUCAAAAUAAUAAAUACUAUGAUAAUCUAUUGCGUAAUAAAAAAUAAUAAGCCUUUAUUAUUGUUGUGAAUAAUUGUUAAGAAUAAUAACUGUCAGAUGGUUGUUUUAACGUUGGCUUUUGAAAUUAAAUGUUCCAUGCUGGUUUUGGAAUCACUUGUAUUUUAUUUUUUAUUCAUAAUUAAACACUAAUAAUAUUGUAUAAUUGCAAUAUAAAGUAUCAAUUUUUCCAUGAUGAGCUAGUUUAGCUAUGCUUAGUUGCAUUAUUAGUACUCCUAUAUUUGGCCCUAUGUUAGAUAAUUAAGGAGGUAGUGGCAGAGAUAAUAUAAUUAAAAGAACUGUCAUAACAGCUUCUGUUAAUCCAUUUGAAUUGUGGGAAAUACCUAACAUUAGUGGCAGCUAUAGACCUAAAACCACAACACACUAAGCUCACCCAGUCUAUAGUAAGUAAUUAUAUAAUUUUUAUCCAUUUUGCCAGACCUUUAUAGGAAGUUGUUCUGUUUCAUAUUUCGAGAAUCUCAUGAACUAACAAUAUUAAAAUAUCUAUCUGACAGCAUUCUACUAAAUACUAAAAAAAAUUAUAAAUACUUACCUAAUAACUAUUGCUGUUCAAAUUUAUGCACCAAUCUUAGAAUUCUUAGACUAUAAAACUCUAACUAAUUGACUGCAAAUGUCCUUGUUUUACUGAAAAAGGACAUUGAUUAUGAAACGCAACGUUUUAUAUCUCUUGAUAAGUGAAAUAAUAUCAAUUAUAAGACAUUGUGUUUUUGUGUAAUACUAAUACAGUGUGAUACAAGGCCCGAGUACCGAAGCCACACUUGUAUAAGACCUAUUUUAAUAAAAAUACGUAUAUAUAGAUUUGUACUAUAUUUUAGGCUUCAUGCUUGUAUAAAUUAUUUGAUAAAUAAGCUAAGUUUUCAUUUUGUAGUAUAACAGAGUGCAGGAUGUUUCUUUUAUAACUUAUUUAGGUAAUUUAAUUCAUUGAUUGUGUAAAAUAGAAAUAAAACAUGCCCCUUUGGUAUAUU